ACUCGGCGGCUGUGUGCUGCUGCUGGUGCUGGGCACAGGAUCGCUGGCUGCUCCGGGGGUCUCCGGUCUCUGCAGCUUGUGCACAUCACCUAGAAAGGACCCGGGGACCCGCGGCCAGGCCUGGGGGAGACUGCGGGGGACACAUGCCGAGGAGCGGGACUCCGGGGGAGCGGCUGCGGCUCCUAUGAUCCCCCCGAUCCUGAUGAGGACCCCCCAGACUAUGAGGCGCAUGGCACGCAGGCUGGUCCUGUCUCUCAUCGGGCUGGUGUGGAUCGCCAUCCUCAUCUUCUUGUUGGGGGGCAGGAGGAAGUUAGAAGCCGAGGACGAAGCUGAGGGGGAGCAGACCAAGGACACAGACGUGGACUGGGAUGACCUGUGGGACCAGUUUGAUGAGCGAAGAUACCUGAAUGCUCAAAGAUGGAAACCCGGAGAAGACCCCUACAGGCUGUACGCCUUCAAUCAGAGGGAAAGCGAGCGCACCCCCAGUGACCGCGCCAUUAAGGACACCAGACACUACAGAUGUACUGAGCUUCACUACCCAUCAAAUCUUCCACCUACGAGUAUCAUUAUUACCUUUCACAAUGAGGCUCGAUCCACACUUCUGAGAACGAUUAGGAGUGUAUUGAAUCGGACACCUAUGCACCUCAUCCAUGAAAUCAUAUUAGUGGACGACUACAGCGAUAACUCUGAUGACUGCCGGCUUCUCUGCAAGUUACCGAAAGUGAAGUGCUUACGCAACGACCAGAGGGAAGCAGGUUUGAUUCGAUCUCGAGUUAGAGGGGCGGAGCUUGCUAAAGCCGGAGUGCUCACCUUUCUGGACAGUCACUGUGAAGUUAAUAAGGACUGGCUCCCUCCGCUGCUGAAAAGCGUGAAAGAGGAUCCAACUCGCGUGGUGAGUCCUGUUAUAGACAUCAUCAGCCUCGACACAUUUGCAUAUAUUGCUGCAUCUUCAGAUCUCAGAGGAGGUUUUGACUGGAGUUUGCACUUUAAAUGGGAGCAGCUGUCUUCAGAACAAAAAGCUAAGCGAUUAGACCCAACAGAACCGAUAAAGACUCCUGUAAUAGCCGGUGGACUCUUUGUGAUAGACAAGUCUUGGUUUAACCACUUGGGGAAGUACGACACAGCCAUGGACAUCUGGGGAGGAGAGAAUUUUGAAAUCUCAUUCCGCGUGUGGAUGUGCGGAGGGAGCCUGGAAAUUCUACCCUGCAGCCGAGUGGGACAUGUAUUUCGGAAGAAGCAUCCUUAUGUCUUUCCAGAGGGGAACGCCAACACUUACAUAAAAAACACCAAGCGCACGGCUGAAGUAUGGAUGGAUGAAUACAAAAACCAUUACUAUGCAGCAAGGCCGGCUGCUCAAGGAAGACCAUACGGCGACAUCCAGAAGAGAUUGUCACUGCGAAAGAGCUUAAAAUGCCGACCGUUUAAAUGGUAUUUGGAGAAUGUUUAUCCAGAACUCCAAAUUCCAGUGGAAUCUUUAUCAAAAUCAGGAAUAAUCCGACAGAGACAGCGAUGCAUCGAGUCCCAGAAGACUGGAGGACAGGAUGCACCUACUCUAAACCUAGUACCUUGUAGCAGCCUUAAAGGAGUGUCAGAAAAAUCUCAGGAAUGGAUUUACACUCAGGUUCAGCAGAUCAGCCAGCAGGAUCUGUGUCUGUCGGUGCACACUUUAUUUCCAGGAACCCAGGUGGUUCUCUUACCCUGUAAAGACGGGGAUGGCAGGCAGAGGUGGAGUAAAGUGGGCUCUCACAUUGAACACAUGGCAUCUCACUUCUGCCUGGACACCGAGAUCAUUGGCGACACCGACGAGAACAACAGAGAGGUUGUAAUCAACCCGUGCGAGACGACAGCUAUCAGUCAGCGCUGGGAGAUGGUCCUCCAUGACUUCCACUGAAGGCAAUGAAACCAUCUCACUAGAAAAAUGAAAAGACUAACUCCGCGGCGUUCCACCGCCCUGCUGCAAUUACGUAAAACGGGACAAGAAAGACAAAGUGAUUAAGGAGCAGAAGGCAAGAAAAAGUCGGGGAACGUGAUGGCUGCCAAAUCCAGGAAAACAAAACCGUGAUACAAUUAUUGGUUUUCCGGUUCAGGUCGCUGUAAGGACUGGAGAAGAGGCGACCUACCUGCGAGAGGU